AUUCAGCCAUCGACUUUGUCCCGGUGACUUCCCGUGGCAACUGCGCUCUAUUAGGCGCCAUGUUGGAUCUAAUAUCUUGUAUGGUCACCUUUUUGGAUCUAUGGAGGUUGAGCCAAAAUGGCGUCGUUUGCCGCGAAGCCUGUAAGAUAUGCGGCUUCUGUUUAAACAUGGUAUAUUCCAGACUGUAUCGUUUACAAGAUGGCAGCUUCGUUGGAAGACGAAUUUGAAGAUGCACCUGAUGUAGAACCUUUAGAGCCGACGUUAAAAAAUAUAAUAGAGCAAAAAUCUCUGAAGUGGAUUUUUGUAGGUGGAAAAGGUGGCGUAGGAAAAACGACAUGCAGCUGCAGUUUGGCCGUGCAGCUGUCCACGGUGAGGGAGAGCGUCCUCAUCAUCUCCACCGACCCGGCACACAACAUCUCAGACGCCUUCGACCAGAAGUUCUCCAAAGUUCCCACCAAAGUGAAGGGCUAUGAUAACCUCUUCGCCAUGGAGAUUGACCCGAGUCUGGGCGUGGCCGAGCUGCCGGACGAGUUCUUCGAAGAGGACAACAUGCUGAGUAUGGGCAAGAAGAUGAUGCAGGAGGCCAUGAGCGCGUUCCCCGGCAUCGACGAGGCCAUGAGCUACGCCGAGGUCAUGAGGUUAGUAAAAGGGAUGAACUUCUCAGUAGUGGUGUUCGAUACGGCUCCUACAGGCCACACGCUGCGCCUGCUCAACUUCCCCACCAUCGUGGAGCGGGGCCUGGGCCGCCUCAUGCAGAUCAAGAACCAGAUCAGCCCCUUCAUCUCUCAGAUGUGUAACAUGCUGGGACUGGGCGAUAUGAACGCGGAUCAACUGGCUUCCAAACUGGAGGAGACGCUUCCUGUUAUCCGCUCGGUCAGCGAGCAGUUUAAAGACCCGGAGCAGACGACGUUCAUCUGCGUGUGCAUCGCCGAGUUCCUGUCCCUGUACGAGACAGAGCGGCUAAUCCAGGAGCUGGCCAAGUGCCACAUCGACACACACAACAUCAUCGUCAACCAGCUGGUGUUUCCCGAUGCCGAGAGACCCUGCAAGAUGUGCGAGGCCAGACACAAGAUCCAGUCCAAGUACCUGGACCAGAUGGAGGACCUGUAUGAGGAUUUCCACAUAGUCAAACUGCCUCUACUGCCUCACGAGGUACGAGGAGCGGACAAAGUCAACACGUUUUCCAAACUGCUCCUGGAGCCCUACAAUCCCCCCAAGUGACUUACCUUUCCUUAAACACACACACAAACACUCAUCUACACAGCCUUCCGCCGCUGCCCGCUGGUCCAUUAACCCUCUCAGACCCCACAGCAACACAUCUUCAUCGACACGCUCAUCAUCGUCAGAUCUGGAAAGCUUCAUAGUGAUAAAGGCUCGCAACACUACAUACACCCGUGUCUCUGUGUGAGUGUUUCUCUCUCUCUCUCUCUCUCUAUUUCUCUCUCUCCAUCUCUCUGUCUCUACAUCACACUCUCUUUCUCUGCCUCAUUUCUCACACAGAGGCUGUUUAUUUUACUCAGAGCCAUUCCUUAUUCUUAUCCGUUAAAUAGCAUCGAGUGAUUAUUUUAUUGUGUGAUGGUUACUUGUGUAAAAGGGUAUAAAAACUGCUUGAAAGAUGAUGAAAUAAUGCGUCUGAUCUGUGACUAAGAAUGUACUUGAUGUUUUGAAACUGACCAUCUUUUUCAUCCUUCUCAGUCCGUCUCUCAUGUUCAUUAGCAGAAGCGUACGAUCUCUCAGCACAGCCAUGUUCUGCUAUAACUUUGAUAAGUAGGCUCGGGGGAGCGCUUGCUUUUACUGGUGUACGUCAGAUGGUGUAAUUUAUGAAUUAUAUGGUGUAAUUUAUGAAUUAUAUUCAAUUAUAUAUUGAAAAAUCAAAACACAUGCACAUGGUGGAAGACCAGUGUAAAUGGCGGCAGCUAGGCUUGUGCGAUAUAGAUUUUUCCCUGAUCCCGAUAUCAUGGUAAAUGAUUUAAUCUUCCAGAAAAAAGACAGAACAAAUGAACAUUUCUACCAUUUCUAGUUCAUGCAGAAUAAGAAGGUAUAAUAAUAUUACCAGCUGGAUGGUGGAAGACAUUUUCACUGUGUUGAGCAGAAGAACACGGUUCAAAAAGAAAAACGAAAACCUCGUAUUUUAACCCCAACCUUUUUUCCUCUUUAGGGUCAUUUUGACCAUUUUUGGCCAAAAUUUUUUCACGCCAUCCCUAACAAAUAUAAUAAACUGAUGUUAAAUAUAUACUUGACUAAUGUUAGCUAAGUUGAACAUGAAAGAUUUGAUUUCUCAGUAAUGAACUUAGAACAUUCUCUGUUCUCCAUGACAGAAAGCGAGAGAGCAGUGCGAGCACCUCCGCAUGAGUUGAGAGCACCAGGGGAAGAGAGCUCGCGGAGAGAUCCAGGGCCGCAGUGCACUAAACUUUCUGCACUCUGGUGUAAUUUCCAUAUUUUUGGAAAUUUAAAAUUUGACUUUUAAAAAAAAGUGGGGAUGCUCACAGCCUUGAUCCCCACUUCAAAACUAACCUACCCAUAAUGCAGUGCACCUGAAGAACAACACUUUACUCUCUAACGCUAGCAUGACGUUUGUACACAGCUUGUAAAUCUUGUAACACUUGGUAGGUCUGGUGAUGUAAUAUACACGUCCGGCGAUAAACAUCACUGGAUAUUGUGGCAUUGUAAUAUCGUCUAGGGAUAAAUAUUAUGUCGCACAAGCCUAGCGGUGGCAGUAUUUGAUUAAUAGCCACCUACAUUGGUUUCUGAUGUUUUCUCAAGAUACACGUUAUCUUAACUUCCACAAGUCUCUAAGUUCACUGUUUACUUUGUAAUGCAAAUUCAGCGCAAGAAUUUGGUCAAAGAAGGUUUUAGAUCUGCCGAGUCCCCCCAGUGGACAGACCUGAACUCUUAACACCCUUAACCCUAACCCCUAACCCACACAUCAUUGUACGACACACUUAUCCAGCCGCCAUUUUCCACCUCAGGAUUUCUGGCUUGACUCCACCCGUGUGGGAGGGGCUAGAUCAGCUCCAACUCCACCCCAUGGACUUUCUCUUCUGCAUGGAGGGGUCUUUGGCUGUGUCUGCACAUGUAGACAAGUAUAACCUCACUCUUAGUUGCGUUCCCACAGUCUUUUUUUGUUUUACCUCUCUCAAAGAUAAAGAGAACUUAAUGGGUGCAGGCUAAAAUCUCAGAAAAUGUGUAAGGAGCCUAAUGGAUCCAUCAUCAGAAGUGAAAAUAUUAGCAACAUGGAAGGUGAUGAGCUAUUAAGUCUUAAAGGAAUGGUGUGGUCAGAAUUCAAAUUUCCACAAUUUCCUGUUUUUCCCCCAAAUGUAGUAAGUCACGUGAUCCCUAAUGCUUGCUUUUUCAGUUUUGCACUAUAGCUAUGAUGAAGUGAUGAAGUUUUCUCAAACCGCGUCCAGAUUUUCAGUGAUAUUCAAACAGAAUUCACCAUGUAGCUGAACACUGGAAUAUUAUGGCGACCGCCGUCUUUAAAAACCAGUUUGAGAUCACUCGGCCCCGUCUCCCAAGUUUAAAUAUGGACUAUUGUGGCUAUUUUUACAUUAAUUUAUUCAGGGGCUUGUGAAGAUUGGCGGUCUGAAUUUUAGUUGAGAUUGACUUUCAGUAAUUGUUAACUACAUCAGCUACGUAGCUCCAGCGCAAAAAAAAAAAAUUGUGGAAAAAUAUUAAACCUACAUGAAAAAAAAAUCUGAGCACAUUAGCUUUAUGUUGUACUUAUUUAAUUUGGCUGAGUAAAGCUUAUACUUACUUUAAGUAAAUUUCACUUUGCGUUAAGGUGAACAGUAAUGAUGGUGUGUAAAUGUCGUAGCUGUCAGAUGAAGCAGGCAGGGUCACGCUGGGAGAAGCUUCAUCUCAUCGCUAUACACAUCUGCUUUGCUGUAAACAUCUUUGCAAAGCUUGAGUUUUAUUUCAUGGCAUUUUGUUUUGUUACAGUUUCCUCUCAAUGAAAGAUUUCUAUUUGUAAUUAUUGUGUACAAACUGUGUAAUUAUGGCAGUUAAUUAUACAGAGUAACGCUAGCAGUAUUUCUGUUUAUUUGCAUUUGGUUUCAGCUGGAUGUUUCUCUGAAUUCUAAUGAAGCACAUAGUAAAGGAAAAAUGUUUUACCUGCU